AUGGUGCUGCUGGCGGGGCCCGGGCCGGAGAGCGGCGGGGCGCUCUGCGUGUCUCCGCAGCCUACAUCGUCACCUCGGGACGCGCAGGCCGGGGAAGACCCCGCUGAGUACGAAGAGUACGAGGACUUCUCGCGUCUGCCCGACACCAGCAGUUACGCCUCGGAUGACUCCUUCUACCCUCCUGUAAGCGAAGAGGAGUACGGCGCCGUAAGCUCCUUAAGCGUCGGGGAGGGAGUCCCGGAGGACGUCCCGGAGGCGGCGACCCUCCUGCGCGCCGCCUGCUCUAACGACGUGGGGCUGCUGAAGGCUCUGGUGCGGAGGGGACCGCGCGCCGAGGAGGUGCGGGAGACGGAUCCCAACGGCCGGACUGCCCUUAUUGUCGCCUGCUACCACGGCUUUGUGGAUACUGUGGUGGUCUUAGCAGAGUGCCCCCACGUUGACGUCAACUGGCAGGACAGCGAGGGGAACACGGCCCUAAUCACAGCUGCGCAGGCAGGGCAUGCCACCAUCACCAACUACUUGUUGAACUAUUUCCCUGGUCUUGACCUUGAAAGGAGGAACGUGUUCGGGUUCACGGCUCUCAUGAAAGCUGCCAUGCAGGGCCGCACGGAGUGCAUCCGAGCCCUGAUGCUAGCAGGGGCAGAUGUCCACGCCAGGGAUCCCCGCCGCGGGAUGUCUCCCCAGGAGUGGGCCACUUACACGGGGCGCGUGGAGGCGGUGCGCCUCAUCCAGAGGUUGCUGGAGCGCCCCUGCCCGGAGCAGUUUGGGGUCAAGUACAAGCCAGAGCUGCCGCUGUCCCCCGAGGGGGUUCUGAAGCCGGCGAACUCCAAAAACUGCUUGCAGAGGCUCAGUGAGUUUGUGCGGUCCACCAUGACCUCGCGCGCCCGCUCACGCCAGGGCCUGGAGGAUGGGGGUGUCUUGGACCACAUGGUCAGGAUGACCACUAGCCUCUACAGCCCCGUGGUGGCCAUUGCGUGCCAGACCGUGUGCCCUGAGAACUCCCCCCGUGUGGGGAAAAGGCGGCUGGCCGUGCAGGAAAUCCUGGAAGCGCCUGGGAACCUGGACACACACGCCCAGCAGAGACACAAGGUGGAGGGCACAGAGCAGCAGCCCGGGGCCUCCCAGGUCGGGGGGCUGUCCAAAGAGGGGGCCCCGAGAGCCAGCCUCCCGUCUCUCCAGCUGCCAGGUGCCCCGCGGAAGGCCAGCCUCCUGCCCCUGCAGCUGCUGAGGCGGAGCAGCGUGCGGCCCGGCGCGGCCAUCCCCAGGGUGCGCGUCAGCAAGGCGCCCGCGCCCACCUUCCAGCCCGAGCGAGCGCCCCCGAAGGGCAGCACCAAGGACAGCGCCCACCUGCAGCUCCCCAAGUGGCGGUACAAGGAGGCCAAGGAGGAAAAGAGGAAGGCGGAAGAGGCGGAGAGGCAGCGGGUGGCCGCGGCGCAGAAGGAAAGGCGGGCGGUGCGCUGGCGGAAAAGGACGUGAGGAGAGCGCAGCCGGAGGGCAUGUGGCGCCGGGAGGCUCCGCGGGGAAGGACGCACCCGCCUCCCGUCCUCGCCGCUCCAGCGCCGCGCAUCCCGCGACGGGACAAUAUCCUUUGGGGACUCUCAAAACAGACCAUGUUCAGGCUGCUGAAUUGGGCAUAGCACACAUCGAUUUGCCUACAACCGGUUCCCCUAGCAAUUAAUACAUCUAGUGGGCUAUAUGCCUAAAAGGCUACCUUUAGAACCUCAGUUAAGAAAUUUUUAAGAUCAAUUUAUCAAAGGGCAAUUUCGGUAUAAUUUUGUAUUUUAAUUAUGGUCAAAUUUGCAGCAUUUUACCGGUUAUGGGGCUCUUUGUAUUUAAGACAGUUUUAAUGCAUUUGUCGGGAGACCCUUUGUUUAAAAUACUGUUUCUAGCAAUAAUUAUUUGCUAUCUCUAUGAUUUCAUACAGAAUUUGUGAAACUUUUCACAGUCUGUUUUGGUCUUGCCUUCUCAUUGUGGAUGUGCAGACCCCUGUAUGUGCUUAUUAAUUAGAUUAAGUGAGGCCAAAUAUAUGUUUCUAUUUGAUGGAGACAUUUUUACAGCAAAAUGAUCAAGUGAGACACAGGAAUCGGAUUUCCUUGUAUCUUAUUUUUUAAGCUCUCCUAUCUGUUCAGUAAUAAUGAAGAAAAACCUUUUGUCAGAGUAUGCUAGACCAAACUCAUUUUAAGUGAGGGAUUUUAGAUAAGUUGGAUACAAAAGCUUUAACAUAUUCGAAAACAGAUACAAGAGGAAACACUAUUUUUAAUAAAAUGGAGGCAAACCUAAUAAAUUAUUACUAGAAAUACAAAAUUAAGUCCUAUGUAGUCUUCGAUAAAUUAGAUUCAGAUAUCCUUCAAAAUGUAAAGAAGAUGCAAAAAUAAGGAACCCAGAGUGAAAACCACUGAAAUAGAUGGAGGUAAUUUUUAGAGGAACGGGUAUUGGAAUGGACUAUUUAUUAAGCAAACUUGUUUUGGGCAAACUCUCCUGGAGUGGUUUGGGCGGCUCCCUCCUCCAGACUCCGUUCCAAAGAUUCCUCGGUGUGAAAUUACUUUUAUUUCUCCUUUGACAACUGCCCAAUGUUCAGUUCAUCCUCACUCUGACUUUGUAGAAUUUCCACAAUGUGGGGACUUUGGCAGAGCAUGGAUGUGACUUGCCCUGGCCCCGAGCUCUCAGCGGGCGUUUUCCGUCCGUACUUUAUAUCUGCAAAGCACUGAGAAAUUCUAAGGCCUCUGUGGCCAUCUGGGUUGUAGAGUAUCUGUCAUAUAUGCACUACUGACAGCACUUUAUUUAAAGAGUGUCCUACUUGGAAGCUGUAGAUCAAACAUGUUACAGUUUGGAAGCUCUUUAUUGUAACCAUGGAUUUGCAGGUCAAACCCUGCUCCCUGGUUUUUCGUGACAAGCACCCCGCUGAGUCGUGGUGCACGUGUGUGGGCAGGGUGGCACUGGUCACUCCCUAUUCCCUCCCACUCACACCAUCUGGGAUUGUGAGAAUCUGGGAUCUCAUACUCACCUCUCCAAACACUCAGUGUCGUAUAUUGCGAGAUAGGUGUGAUAGUAAUUCAGCUUUUAAAGUAGAAUUGUACUGAGUUUUCCCCUCAUUCCAGAAAGUCCUAAGAAGAUGAGAACAGAGGUCUGGACCCACUUUGAGGACCACUGGUAUUGGUUGGCGGCAGGUCACCUUUGUGCCUAAGAGAUGGGAUUGGCCAGAUCCCCUUGGAUGAGAGGAGGGCUGGUUCUCGAGGUAGAAACACCCCUAGUCUCCUGAUGGUCUGAUCUGGCCUCUUUUAAGAUCAUUUUUCAUGUUUAUGCAUUUUUGUUGCUUUGAAUGGCUGGCUGCAUUUUCUCACUCAGGGAGGGGUCACUCCUUGCCCCUCUCCUCCAGGCUCAGUCAGGGGCAUUGACGGGCUCCUGCUCUCCACGUAGCCCCUCGGCUUUGUCCCCACAUUUGUUCCCUGCCAUCCCCUUCUCCUCCGCUCUUCUUCCUGCGUUGCCUUUUCUUCCUCUGCUCAUUUUCUUCUCCACAUUAGGCUACAUGCUGGCCCCGUUAUUCUGGGUCUGAAAAGGGCAGCAAAGCAAGGCCAUCAGGACGGCAAUGUGGUGUCCUAGCUGAGUGAUCAUGUCAUGCCUUCUAAGAGUAAGUGAAUGCUGGAUUUCUCCAGCGUCUGUGCAGGUAAUUUCGAAUUUUGGCUCAAAGCCCUCCUCCUGCUCCCCUGAUUUUUUUUAGGGAGGGAGCCCUAGUGUGUUCUCCUGACAGAUGACAGCACCCCCAUACUGAGCAGGGUGGGGGGUGGGGAGUCUGGUGUCUGCUUGCACCCCUGAUGUUUAUUAACUGUAAAUAGUGAAUUUCAAGUUGACAGGUACCUUCUCAGGGAUUUAUAUAUAAACAUAGUUAGAGGGAAAGUUGAAGUAUAUUUUAAUACUUUUUAGUGUUUGCUUGAAUUAUGGUUAAACUACACAGAAGACACGUUGCUAAGAUGACGUCACUGCUGCUGUUUUAGAGGGCGAUGUCUGGGAAUCGCCUCUCAGUUGAGAUUUCCUGGUUAUGGAAACCCCAGACCCUGGUACCUGAACUGGCUCUGGGGUGAACGUGAAGUCACUUCCGUGCCUCUCAGUUGCCUCCUGUGCAUGUGAACUCUUGUAUUUCAUAAAAAAAUAAAUUCACCCUGUAUGUGAGUCGUGGUGGCUGUGAUAACACAGAUGGGCCAUUCGUCGCGUUUAUCUCUAGAACUGGCUCCUUCCCGUCUGAUAUUGGGGUGUGUAGUGUGAAAUGACAGCUUUUCUGCUUAUGUCAAUCGAGUGUGCUUCCGCUAGCCCAGCACCAGGCUCACCGCUGGGUAGAAGGAAGGAGAAGCUGAGAGAGCGAGUUCGUCUGGACUGGCUUCGGUGUUCAGAGGCCACGCUUGCCACGUCUUUGGCUACACUAGAGGAAGUGCAGCACUUAACAUCAGGGACCUAUACUUUUCCAAAGCAACUCCCAACAGGCUCCCAGCAGCACGAGGCACCUCCAGAAUAUGAACAUGGGACAUUGCAAUACUUUGUCACCUCAACUGCUGGCACUCCUAAGACUCGAGGCUCAUUCUGUGGAAAAGGACAGAUUUCAUGAUGUCAGUUGGAAAAUGGGACUUGUGGGUGCAGAGGGACCAUUCCAGGCUGCCACUGCUCACUUCCUUCUGUGGUCAGGGAGUGACCAGGCUCUGGAAGUCCAGCGUGAGUGGAGAUGAAUCUGUGGUCUGUGAAACUGAAUCCCACGAGGUGGGGCCAGACCCCAGUCCUGCAAUGGAUGCAAAGCCUGCUGUCCCCACGGAAGAUUCAUGGGCACCAAGCUAUGAAGAAAAUUAUCCCUGAGAGGUAAAUAAAUGAGCCAAGACUAAGCAGUGGGUAUGAUUUGUCUCUUGUAGCUUCUGACGAGAGCACUCUACAUCCCCUCUUGUCCACACUACAUUCAGAGAGAAGACCUUCUUUUCAUCAUUUCACUAAGUUUGCUCUGCGACAUGAGUUAUGGCACUACUGUGAGUCAGGUGUUGAUCUUUCCCCGGGGUUCGCCUGGAGAUUCACGCUCCCUCAUUUUCCAUUCUAGUAUAAUACAGUUGUUCCCUGUAGCGUUAGGAUUUAUCAUAAACUCUUGUAAGCUCCCCGUCAGUCAGUCCUUUAUGUGAUAAAGUGCCAGCACUUUUUCUUGUUUACAGUAUUUGGGGAAAUCCUAACUUGCUACCCUCAGUCCCUUUCCACCCAUGGUGGGAACUGCUUGGAUUCUGCACUCGGCUGUGGGGACGUGGCGUGCAGACGCCCUGCAGGGCCUGUUCCUGUGGGCCUGGGCCUUGGUUUCCCCUGCAGCAGACUCCCAUCAGCCCCCUCUCAUCCAGGCAGCUGCCUGGAGGGCCAGGGUCUUCUGGAAAAAAAAAGGUGGAAGGUUGGUCACAGUUGCUCCUUAUACAACAACAAAGUCAUGUUUGUGACAACAAGCGGAAUUGGGAAAAAAAUCAUCACAGCAGGUCUGUUAACCACAAAGUACUUGCAACAGACACGGUUCUUCUUAGAAUGCCGAGUACCGUCUUCUCCAUCUCGCACCUCGAGGCAUCGAGAACUUGAUUUAUUCAUCUGUGUAGUUCUAUAGUCUGGUACUCACGUGUUUCUUCCCUAAGAUUUAAAAUAAGGGGCUGAAAAAUUCCUCUGGAAGUUAUUUUUGGAAAGAAAUAGAAAAGCCCACCCUCCCUGGAACACAGCUUCCUCGCUCUGACCCAGCCUGACUAAGAUGUACGGGCCAGGCGGGGCCCUUGUCGUGCGAGCACAGCCCUCAGCAGCAAGCUGUGCCAAAGUGGACAGUGUGUGCGAAGGUGUGUGUGCAUGUGCACAAACACUCGUGACCUGAAAGGAGACCAGGCUUUGUGCUCGCAAAGGUGACUGCUGCCAUGACUUCGCCGUGGCUCCCAGGGCUGUCAGGUGUGAUCUGCGUGGACGGUGUGUGUUUGGGAGGACUGGAACCGCCCAAGGCCCACUGCGAACACUUUGGCCAAAUGUGACCUGGGACAUAGCCGGCAUGCCCUAAGCCAGGUGUUUUUGUUGAGAGGUGGUGUUGGCCCCGGUGACUGAUAUAGGAGCCCCUCGGUGAGGUCCUAGAGCCAGGUCUGGGUUAUUGCUAGUCACGGAGAUGUGAGCGCCACUAGGCAUCCAGCCUGUGGCCACGGGAGGGGCUGAAUCCCCUGAAAUUUGGCACCAAAUUAACCAUAGAAUCCUGAGGAAGUCCGGGGAUUUUCCUGAGUCUGCCUAAGUAUUAGGUACUCUAAUCAAAAGGAACAGCUUGGGUUUUGAGAGACAUUGUUUCCUCAUCAUGUGGCACCUUUAUGUUGUUUUUAAGGGUAAUGUAGGAGACAAGAAUGAACCCAGCCAUUCCAGGUAGAGCCGUGGCGUGUGUUGGCUUGAUGCUUUCUCCAGUUUUGGGAGGUUGUAUUGAAGCACUUUAACACCAGUUUUGGAGCAGAAGUUCUAGAAGCUGGUUGGGCAUUGCACAGCUGUGUAGAAUUUGAUGAAAACCAUAAAAGGAUGCUCUACACCCAGAAAUGUUGUCAGUAACCCGUGGAGCCCUUGGAACAUUGUGAGGGAUUUGAAUAAUGCACCCCAUUUAAAUAAACAGCUAAUCUCAUUUCAAUUCUCUUCAUUCGAAUCAUUGUUCUGCAUGGCAGUUAGCAGGUGUCUGAGGGUGUGAACGGGCUUGCACUGGGUGCCAGGUUCUAAGGUACGUUUCAUCGUGGUAUAAGCUCUGUUUUCUGAAUGUAAAGCUAUUUUCCUUGUCAUUUCUAAAAAACUGGUAGGUUUCUGGAUAUUGUAAAAACAUUGACUACAGAUAUAAUUCUGUACAUUCCAUAGUGUUUUAUUUUGAAGUGAGAGUUUUGUUAGUUUAUAAGAGAUAUUUUCCUAUUUAGACCUCAGGGCUAUUUUGGGACCUACAAAUAAAUGUGACCCCAGCAGCUUCAGUUCUUGAUAUCCAAAAGGUUAAUAAAUCUUUAAGUUAAACAUGAUAUACUGUUCAGCAGAAAGAAUGUGUCUUUCCCUUUUCAAUGUUUAACAAGUUCUGUACUUAAUGUUUAAAAGUAUAGAAAAAAUGUGAUAAUGUAAAAAUGUGGGGAAAUUGUGGCUACAGAAUUAAAAACCACUCAUGAAAUAAACAUUCUUAUGGUACAAUAGUGUGGUAUUUGAAUAAACCUAAGUGUGUAUAAAUUAGAAAAUGAAACCAUGUAUACCAGUAUUUUUAAUGUCACUUACUUUGAUUGAAAUAA